GCAGCUAGCUAGCCAGUUGUUUUGGAAGAAGAAGAAGAAGAAGAAGAAGAAGAAGAAGAAGAAGAAGAAGAAGAAGAAGAAGAAGGGAAAAAAAAGGGUUACAAGCGGAAGAAACCCCGGAUUUGGUUUCGAAUAGCCUUCGGUUUAUGGUCCUGGUUUAGUUUUUUUUAUUUUUUUAUUUUUUAAUACAUUUCCAACAAUGUCGACCCCGGCAAGGAGACGGCUUAUGAGAGAUUUUAAAAGACUUCAAGAAGAUCCUCCCACCGGUGUGAGUGGAGCACCGUCAGAGAACAACAUCAUGCUUUGGAACGCUGUUAUUUUUGGGCCUGUGGGAACACCAUUUGAAGAUGGAACAUUUAAGCUUCUGAUAGAGUUUUCAGAGGAGUACCCAAACAAGCCUCCCACAGUUCGGUUUGUCUCCAGAAUGUUUCACCCUAAUGUUUACGCCGAUGGCAGUAUAUGUUUAGACAUCCUUCAGAACCGCUGGAGCCCCACAUACGAUGUGUCGUCCAUACUCACCUCCAUCCAGUCGUUGCUGGACGAGCCAAACCCCAACAGCCCGGCCAACAGUCAGGCGGCACAGCUCUAUCAGGAAAACAAGAGGGAGUACGAGAAGAGGGUGACAGCCAUCGUGGAGCAGAGCUGGGUGGACGUCUGAGCUUCUUCUCGUCUCUAUCUACUCCUUCCUCUCCAUCGCCCUCUCUUCUUCAUCAUCCCAGUACUUCAGUCGCUCAUUUUUACCUCAUCAAGAAAAAAAAACAGCAACUAUAUCAGAAAAACUCAAGUGCCACCCUGAAAAAAUGGAAGAAUAAAACAACCAAACCAGAAUGGACAUUAACUUGCUUGCCAAUACAUUUUAAGGAAAACUGGGGAGGGGAAAUCAAUCUUAUAUUUGUGUUUCUUGUCCUUAAUUUUACUUUUUUUUUAUUGCAUGAUGUGAAAUAAGUUAUUGCUAACAGAAUUUGUAAUAUAUCUUUGUUGUUUGGCUGAAUUGAUGCUGUUAGUGUUUAGAGUUUUACAGAUUUUCUUCCUUAUUUUUUAUUUUUUCUUUUCUUUCUUUUUUUUGGUAAUGUAUGCCGGUGUGCACACAACUUGGCUGUUUAGGAAAGGGCAGGUUAAUGACCAAAUCAGCAGAUUUUCAAUGUCAUGGAAGAAGAGUCUGAACCGAGAAAGUGUCUUUCAGAGUUGAUGAAUUCUUCAAGUCAGCCACGGAUUCAGCUCAUAAAGAACAAAAUCCCUGUUCUGUUCUGUUCCAGUAUCCUCUGUUAUUUUAAGAGACACUGUAGGUUUGAGCUCACAGACGUCACAGGCAGAAACAGCGCCAAGUCUCUCUCCCUUGCACUGAUGAAUCAUGACUCCCUGGCUAGGCAGCUCCGGGCUUUUAUUUUAAUCAUUUCUGCUGUGAGGUAGAAGAUGAAGUUGGUGAGGGAGUGUUAUGAGAAAGUAAAUAUUAACACUGGGAUGGGAAAGGAUGAACUCGACUGUGUGAAUGAGGGAAUCCUGGCUGAACCGAGGAGACGCUGCAGCCAUAUCAGUCUAUCAGUCUGCAUCUAAUUUUCCUGCAGUCGGCUGAGAGAGACUCAGAGGUCCAGUAGUGUUUGUUUGCUUUGGAGGGUUCUUAACUUCGGGAAGUGAACAGGAAGCAUCUAAGUAGCAGUCAUGCUCGGAUUCUCUAACUGCUAAUGAAAGGUGCUCCAGCGCUUCCUCUCUUAUCUCCCUUUUAGAAUAGGGUACACUGGACCAUCCCUUCUGAAAAGAAAUGAGUUAAAUCACCAGUCCUCCUUCUCAUCUUUUUCACUGUUUAUGCCUUAAGUGUAUCAACAGUACUUGUAAUACUUUAUUAUGGUUUACUCAUGACGUAUAAGGGACAGACGUGAAACUGAAGGUUGAAGACAGGAUCAGUGCUGGUUUAAAAAAAAAAAAGAUAGGUCAUGUGAAUAUGUAUGUAUAUAUAUAUAUAUAUAUAUAUAUAUAUAUAUAUAUAUAUAUAUAUAUAUAUAUAUAUAUAUAUAUUACACCCCCCCCCCUUAUAAUACGCCUUCAUCAGUUGUCACAGUUCACAAUCUAUGUUGCCUGUGAUGUGCAUGAGCGUCAGUGGUUUUGACCCUUCUCUUAAAAUGACACAGUGGAAAAAAAUGAGCAGAGGAUAGAAGCUGGCGUGAUGCAUGUUCGUGUCUGACAGCAGCUGAAAGAGGAUCGACAGAAAAACUGCAGCAGUUUGAACGGUGUGACGUCGGCUGUUUUUCCCAAAAGCUUAAGUUGUUUUCAUGCCUGCGUUUGUCUCUUGUUUUAUUUUGUAUGUGACACCCAAUUAAAAGACCACUUGAGUAUAAAAUCACGACUUUAACCCCGCCCAUCUGAAUAAUCCACACACAAAAAAAGAUGGUCAUUAUAAAAUAAGAGUUCCUCUUUUCUGAGACAAUAAAAGUCAUAUUGUGGCUAGUGACUUAUUUCAUCUUAAUAAAGCAGAAGGGAUAUGUUAUAAAAUUUUGUGAAUUAAACAAAAAAAUGUAUACUUAUAACAAUAUGCUGUAUAAACAUAAUAAAACACAUUUUUCAGACUUUGA